CCCAUUGACCCUGCUAUGCUUUGUGCAUCACAGGUGAUAUCCCGACGCCUUUAUGGACCUAUCUGGAAGUCAACCUUCGGACAUUAUAGGAACAUCAACAUUGGGAGCCCAGUGGUGCUGGAGCAGCUGCUACGCCAGGAGGGCAAGUACCCCAUGCGGAGCGACAUGGCCCUGUGGAAGGAGCACCGGGACACCCGGCGCUUGCCCUACGGACCCUUCACCGAGGAAGGGGAGCGCUGGUACCGCCUGCGCCAGGUCCUCAACAAGCGGCUGCUGAAACCCUCGGAGGCGCUGCUGUACGCGGAUGCCAUCGGGGAGGUGGUGUCAGACCUGAUGGUGCGGCUGCGGGAGGAGCGGAGCCGCAGCCCCUCAGGGGUGCUGGUGGGGGACGUGGCCAACCUGCUCUACCGCUUUGCCCUGGAAGGCAUCUCCUAUAUCCUCUUCGAGACCCGCAUCGGGUGCCUCAAGCAGCAGGUCCCUGCUGAGACCCAGCGCUUCAUUGACUCCAUCAACCUCAUGUUCAAGAACUCCAUCUUUGCCACUGUCCUGCCCCGAUGGAGCCGCAAGGUGCUGCCCUUCUGGGACCGUUACCUGGACAGCUGGGACACCAUCUUCGCCUUCGGCAAGAAACUGAUUGACCGAAAGAUGGAGGAGCUGGAGGGGCAGGUGGAGCGUGGCAAGGAGGUGUCCGGCUACCUGAGCUACCUGCUGGCCAGUGGCAGACUCAGCCUGGAUGAGGUCUAUGGCAGCGUGGCCGAGUUGCUGCUGGCUGGUGUGGACACGACCUCCAACACGCUGUCCUGGGCUUUGUACCACCUCUCCCGCGACCCAGACAUCCAGGAGACCCUGUACCAGGAGCUGAAAGCUGUUGUGCCUGCUGACCGGUUUCCUGCUGCUGAGGAUAUCCCCAAGUUGCCGAUGCUUCGGGCCGUUAUCAAGGAGACUCUGAGAGUCUACCCUGUGGUGCCCACCAACGCCAGGGUCUUCUAUGAGAAGGACAUUGUCAUCGGAGACUACCUCUUCCCCAAGAAUACCCUCUUUGUCCUGGCACACUACGCGAUGUCCCACGAUGAGACCUACUUCCCCGAGCCUGAGCGGUUCCUGCCCCAGCGCUGGCUCCGGGGACACGGCUCCCCUCACCACCCCUUCAGCUCCAUCCCGUUCGGCUACGGGGUUCGUGCGUGUGUCGGACGCCGCAUCGCUGAGCUGGAGAUGCACCUGGCCCUUGCCAGGAUGAUCCAGGCAUACGAGGUGCGGCCGGACCCCCGUGGUGUGCAAGUGACAUCUGUGUCCCGCAUUGUCCUGGUGGCUGACAAGCCCAUCAACCUGGAAUUCAUCGCUCGCCCAGGAGCCCCCUGACUGCACGUCCACCCCCACCCUGGGUGCCAAAUGGAGAUCCCCUUUACUGCCCCACAAGGACAGGAAGGCAAACCCCUCCCCUGGCCAGCUUGGGCCAGGGGGCUUACAGUCCCACAGUGGGAAAGGUGGGGGGGGAUGAGAGAUUGCCCCCAAAUCACCCCGUGGCCACUAGUAUCCCCCUGCCCAAAAUCAGCAGGAGGCUUGGGGAACUGCUGUGCCUUUGACACACUGCAGGGGGGUUGUGUCCCCCCUCUCCUGUGCCCAGCUGGGCUGUAUCAGGAACCUGGGAGCUCUUUUGGGGCUGGGGGAAAGCAGGGAGGGGGCUUGCAGCCAUUUGGUAUUUCCUUCGUCCAGUCCUUGUGUAGCUGUGCGUGGAUCUGUGCCUGAAGCCAGGACAUCUGGGUCCUCUCUGAACAGCUGACCUUGGCCUCAGAAA